AAGGAGAGAUGGGAAACCCAGAAAACAUUGGAGAUGCAUAUGUUGCUGUGAUUCGUCCAAAAAAUACUGCUAGCCUGAAUUCUCGGGAAUAUCGAGCUAAAUCCUAUGAAAUUUUGUUGCUUGAAGUUCCUAUUGAAGGCCAAAAGAAAAAAAGGAAGAAAGUUUUGUUGGAAACUAAACUGCAGGGAGGCACUGAGAUAACCCAGAGUAUCUUGGAUUAUGUAUUAGAAGCCACCAAACCAAUUUCACCAGCCAAUCAGGGUAUUAAAGGAAAGCGUGUAGUGUUAAUGAAGAAGUUUCCUCUUGAUGGAGAGAAGGCAGGCCAGGAGGCAUCACUUUACGUUGUUCCAACUGUUGUGAAAGAUAAUACGAAAUAUGCAUACAGUCCUGGAUGUCCUGUGUUCUACUGUUUACAAGACAUCAUGAGAGUCUGCAGUGAAUCCAGCACCCAUUUUGCUACGCUUACUGCAAGAAUGUUAAUUGCCUUGGAUAAGUGGUUGGAUGAACGGCACACCCAGUCUCACUCCAUCCCAGCUUUAUUCAGACCAUCUCCUCUUGAGAGAAUUAAAACAAAUGUAAUAAACCCUGCCUAUGCUAUAGAACCUGGUCAAACAGAGAGCUCAUUACACAUGGGUUAUACUGCCCUGGAAAUAAAGAGUAAAAUGCUGGCAUUGGAGAAAGCAGAUAUGUGUAUCUAUAAUCCUUUGUUUGGAUCUGACCUUCAGUAUACCAAUAGGGUUGACAAAGUGGUAAUAAAUCCAUACUUUGGCCUUGGAGCCCCAGACUAUUCAAAGAUUCAGAUUCCUAAAAGAGAAAAGUGGCAACGUAGCAUGAGCAGUGUCACAGAGGACAAGGAACACCAGUGGGUAGAUGAUUUUCCUCUUCACCGCAGUGCUUGUGAAGGCGACUCUGAUUUACUAAGCCACCUUCUGGAUAAAAAGUUUUCUGUUAAUCAGUUAGAUAGUGACCACUGGGCACCCAUCCAUUAUGCAUGCUGGUAUGGAAAAGUUGAAGCCACUCGAAUGCUGUUGGAGAAAGGGAAAUGCAAUCCCAAUCUUUUGAACGGCCAACUUAGCUCUCCUCUUCAUUUUGCUGCUGGAGGUGGGCAUGCUGAAAUAGUACAAAUUCUAUUAAAUCAUCCAGAAAUUGACAGACACAUUACUGAUCAACAAGGAAGAUCUCCACUGAAUGUCUGUGAAGAGAACAAACAAAAUGAGUGGGAAGAAACUGCAAAACUGCUGAAGGAAGCCAUAAGUAAACCUUAUGAAAAGGCACGAAUUUACCGUAUGGAUGGGUCAUAUCGCUCUGUUGAGUUGAAACAUGGAAACAAUACUACUGUACAGCAGAUAAUGGAGGGGAUGCGUUUGUCUCAAGAAACUCAGCAGUACUUCACUAUCUGGAUCUGUUCUGAAAACCUCAGCCUCCAACUGAAGCCAUACCACAAGCCUUUGCAGCAUAUUCGAGAUUGGCCUGAAAUAUUCACUGAGCUGACAAACUUGGAUCCUCAAAGGGAAACUUCACAGCUUUUCCUGAGAAGAGAUGUGAGACUUCCACUGGAAAUAGAAAAAAAGAUUGAGGAUCCGUUGGCUAUUCUUAUCCUUUUUGAUGAAGCCAGAUAUAAUUUACUGAAAGGUUUCUAUACAUCACCUGAUGCCAAGCUGAUCACACUGGCAAGUCUGCUUCUACAAAUAGUCUAUGGAAAUUAUGAAAGCAAGAAACAUAAACAGGGCUUUCUAAAUGAAGAAAAUCUUAAAUCUAUAGUACCAGUCACUAAACUAAAAAGUAAAGCUCCUCAUUGGACAAACAGGAUACUUCAUGAAUACAAGAAUCUCAGCACCAGUGAAGGUGUAAGUAAAGAGAUGCAUCACCUUCAGCGCAUGUUCCUGCAGAAUUGCUGGGAAAUUCCUACUUAUGGAGCAGCUUUUUUCACAGGACAGAUAUUCACCAAAGCAAGUUCAAGUAGCCAUAAAGUCAUCAAAGUGUAUGUAGGAGUAAAUGUAAAAGGCCUGCACCUCCUCAACAUGGAAACAAAGGCUUUACUCCUUAGCCUAAAAUAUGGUUGCUUUAUGUGGCAGUUGGGAGAUGGAGAUACAUGUUUUCAAAUCCACAGUCUGGAAAACAAAAUGAGCUUUAUUGUGCAUACCAAACAGGCAGGUCUUGUUGUAAAACUUUUGAUGAAAUUAAAUGGCCAGUUAAUGCCAAGUGAAAGAAAUGAAUGAUGGACAUGAAUAAUAGUUAUGAAAUAGCAUCUGAUGGAUAAGCAAGAAACAACUUACUUCUCAUCAUAACAGAAGACUUCCAUGUACAUGAAUUUUACACAAUAGGAAAGUCAUUGUACAGUUUUGUAACUUUGUACAGAAGCUGCAUGGUUUAUUUUUUUAAAAAACUAUACAACAUAUCUAUUAUUUUUAUAUAUAUUUUUGUGUUUCUUAUAUAAGCUAUUGUAG